UCUCGAAACCCAAAACUCGAAUCUCAAAAAAUUAUUCUGUUUAAUUGUAAUAAUCUUCUACCACAAAUAAUUAAAAAUGUCUGGAGACUCCGAAGAAAUAUCCAAAGUAGUAAAAGAACGAAUAGAACGGAACCGCCAAAAAGCAAUAAUCUUAAAAAGAAGUAAAUUAGUGUCUCACCCAUACAAUAAUGAAAUUCAAACUGAAAACACAACAACUACCCUUAAAAUAGGAACAACCAAAUACAAGGAUACUGGUGGCGGCUUUUUAUUGGAAGAAGUCGACGAACCAGAUGAAUUAGAGCAACUUUUAAUACAAGCAGAGGCACCCAUAAUUGAAGAGGAUCGCCCAAUUUGUGAGAACUGCAAAAAAUCUUUUGCUUGCUCAUGGUUAUAUGAUAAAUUUGAACAAAAAUGUUGCGAUUCUUGUAAAGAUCCCGAAAUUCACAAGUUAAUACCAAAAACAGAAGCAAAGGAGAGCUAUUUGUUAAAAGAUUGCGAUUUGGACAAACGAGAGCCACCUCUAAAAUUCAUUACACAAAAAAAUCCUCACAAUGUACGCUGGGGUGAUAUGAAGCUCUAUUUGUUAAUACAAGUUGAAAAAAGGGCCUUAGAAGUUUGGGGUACUGAAGAAAAUCUUGAACAAGAAAGAGAAUUAAGGGAAGAGAAACGUGUGAUGUCCAAGAGUAAAAAAUAUGAAAAGCAGCUAAAAGAAUUAAGAAAGGGAAUGCGAAGCAGUCUUUAUGACAGAACUAAUAAGGCUUCACAUACACAUGAAUUUGGAGAAGAAACUUACGAUGAACAAGAAGAUAGUUAUCACAGAAAAUGUUUAACUUGUCCCUAUGAAGAAACUUUUGAAAAAAUGUGAAGCUCAUUCUAUACAGAUGUAAAUGUAAUUUAAUAGCUAAAAAUAAUGAAUGCAUAAAUCAUUUACAUGUUAUACCUCCUACCAGUACUAUUUGUCUAUUUUUUUUUUAUUUAUAUACAUUUAAUUUUGAAUAGUAAAUUAUCUUUUUACUCA